AUGUUUUCAAGUAAAGUUCCAACAAGUGAUUCCUUUUUAUCGCACGUUGAUUCAACUGGAGCUGCUCAUCAGGUGGAUGUCUCUGAGAAAUCGCUUACAAAAAGAACAGCUACCGCUCUCGCUACAAUCAAGGUCUCUCGCCAAAUCUUUGAGGCAAUUCAACAGAAUUCUUUGAAGAAAGGCGAUGUGUUGAGUGUGGCAAAUAUUGCAUCCAUUCAAGCAGCAAAGAGGACGGCUGAUUUGAUCCCAUUGUGUCAUCAGAUACCUGUCGCUCAAUGCGAGACACAGUUUCGACUUGAUGAGGCACAAUCCUGUGUUCACAUUAAGUCCAGUGUGGUGACUGUUUAUGGAACGGGUGUUGAAAUGGAGGCCCUCACCGCUGUCUCCAUUGCUGCACUCACCAUUUACGAUAUGUGCAAAGCGAUUUCUCAUGAAAUGUCAAUAACCUCAAUUCAUCUGCAAUCAAAAAGCGGCGUGGCAAGUGGCAAGAUGGCAAGCAACAGCUACUACCGUCCAGCUACAACUUCUCAGUCGGAUGUUCCGACUCAAUCGGAUGUUAGACCAAAUAAGCCAAAGGCUACCAGUGCAGAAAAGUUAACCGCUGAACGAUUGCUCAAAUUCAUCCUAUUCAACGAGGAUCGCGCGGAUGUGCAUUUUUUGUUUCCAAACGAGACUGAGGCAGUUGUUCGUUUACCCGGUCACAAACUGAUUCUCGCUACACGAAGCGACGUUUUUGGAGCUCAAUUCAGCGGUCGUUUCGCCGAUGAGGACGAGUGCCGGAUCAGCGACGUCUCAUCGGACUCAUUUCGAGAGUUUCUUCGUUAUUUGUACACCGAUACGAUUGAGGCGACCGAAUUGGGGGUGUUCGCCGAGCUGUUCUACUUGUCGGAGAAAUACAUGGUUCGUACGAUGAAAGACGAUUUGAUUCAAAAGUUGAACGAGAUCAUAGGCAAACACGACGUUUUGGAGUUGCUCACCCCUCCGCUCUCCAAUCAUUUGGCGAAAGAAGCUGUCUUCAAGUUGAUCGACGAGCGAAUCGAUCACGUGCUCCAAUCACGGCUCUUCCUACAAUUGCCCAAAGAAGUGGUGAAAGACAUCCUCCAAAGAGACUCGCUGAAGUGCAACGAGAUGACGAUUUACUCGGGAAUGAUCAAAUGGGCUGAGGCUGAGUGCAAGAGAAACGAUUGGCCGGCAGAUGGAGAGGGAUUGCGGAGAGCUCUCGAUGAACUUUUACACCUCAUUCGGUUUCCAACAAUGUCCGGCGAAGAGUUCAACAAUGGUCCGGUUGGAAAGGGAUUGUUUGAGGGAAAGGAAGCUUACGACUUGCUCCUUUGCAUCAACUCACUCCAGACAAAGAAAGAAAUUUUCCCAUUUGUUAGAACUCGACGCAAGAUGGCAACCGCUGUUCCAGCUACAAUUUCUUCAUUGGAUGUUCCGACUCAAUUGGAUGUCGUGAAACCACCAAAGAAGGCAAAGGCUACCAGUGAAGAGAAGAAAGCUCCAGAUCAUCCCACAUACGCGGAGAUGGUCGUCGCCUCAAUCAGUGCAUUGGCUGAUCGCAAAGGAUCUUCAAGGAUGGCAAUCGCUAACUAUGUCCUUCAAAAUUACAACGUGGGAGGUGACAGCAAAAAGGUGAACCUGCACGUGAGCGUCAAUUUGAAGAAGGGAACCGACCUGGGACUUUUGCAGCGAAAAGAAGGCAGCAACUACCAAGAAGUCGACGGUGAAGACGGCAAAGAGCGACUCUGCAACUCUCAAGGCCAAGUCACCAAAGAAGAUCACUGUCAAGUCGGU